GUCCUUAUUGUAGUGCCAGUCCUACUCGGCGAAACACUGAUUGCUUUUGCGAAGCUCGCCUUCUCCACAAAGACAGUUAAUCAGUUCUUUGUUCCCUGAUUUUUCUCGGCUGCGGUGCGAUGGGCAUUUUUGAAAUGUACGUGAACUUUGCAAAUGGUAAAGUGAACCAGCUCAGAACGGAAGCGAUUUCAAUGUAUCAACAAGGAACACACCUCGACCUUUCAAGAAUGGUUUCAAAGAUGCUUACAGAUCGCCGAGCAUGGUGGAGGAGAUUACAAGCAAAUGGGUCGCAGGACAAAGAAAUCGAUCAACUAACAAGAACUGCCAAUCGUAGUGAUUCUUCAUGGGAAAUGUUGAGAUGCAUCAGCUACUUGCAGUCCUCAUGGUUUUCUUACAUGGAUUUUCUGUUUCAUCAGCAGUAUGUGACAAAGACUUUGAUUUGGUAUUUGUGAUUGAUGGCAGUGGAAGUAUUAGGCAGGCUGGAGCAGGAAACUUUGGCAUGAUGAAGACCUUUGUGAAAAAGGUGAUUGAAGGAUUUAGUGUAGACUUUAACAGAACCCAUGUAGCUGCAGUUAUCUACUCUUCGUCAAUGUAUGUUAAAAAGGUGUUUGGUUUGGGUACUUUCUUCAGCCAUGAAGAGAUCUUCAAAGCCAUUGAUGACAUUAAAUAUCCCUCUGGCGGAACAAGCACCGGAAAAGCUCUCGAACGAGUCAAGAAUGAAAUAUAUACGCCACACCAAGACAGGGAAGAUGUACCCAAUGUUUGUAUUAUCAUUACAGAUGGAAAGGCACAUGAUGACGUUGAGGGACCAUCACAAGCUCUAAGAAUUACAGGAACCACCAUAUUUGCUAUAGGUGUUGGAUGGAAUUCUGAUAGAACUGAGUUGCUUGAGAUGGCUGGAAAUGAAAGAUAUGUAUACACUGCACGUUUAUUCGAAGAUUUAAUCCAUGUUGCAGAAGCGAUGGAGUUAUCUAUUUGCCAAGUUGAUAGUGGUUGGUCAGACUGGGAGCCCUGGAACAAGUGCACUGUGACAUGUGGUGGUGGAUCUCAAAGACGACAGCGGUCAUGUACCAAUCCUCCUCCACAAUGGAGCAGCCGUUCAUGCCAAGGAAACAAUUUUGAGUCCCAAACAUGCAACACAAACAGUUGUCCAAUUGAUGGUGGCUGGAGCCAAUGGAGCCAAUGGAGUCUCUGUACUAAGACAGUCAGUGGCAUACAAACAAGGAUCAGAGAAUGUGCUAAUCCAGAGCCAGCACAUGGUGGAAUGAAAUGCAAUGGAACCAGAGCAGUUGUGAGGGAUUGUACUAACAUGUCCAGCUGCUAUGAAGGUGCACAGAGAUAAGUUAUAAGUCAAUAUGUUUUUUUUUUAUUUUUCAUUUUUCUAUUUACACUGCAUAUAAUACAUUACAAUUACAGAAUACUUGCAUUAAAAAGCUUUCAAUUUACAACACAGUACUAAAAUCAACUGAUAAUUUGUUACAUUACUAGUUUACAAUGAUCACUUACAAAAUGUUAUUUUACAUUAAGUACAUAGAGUAUACUCCAAAUUACUUAAGUACAAACAUUACUAAUUACUACAUACGACAUGUACAGUAUUACCUACAUUACAAAAUGUUGCAUAAAAUUAUUGAGUUACUAACAAGGAAAAAUUAUGCUAUAUUACAUACAUUGAAAGUGAAGAAUGAUCAUCGCAGUCAAUUAAUUGACCUCGCUCCCAAUGUGUGG